GAGGGUGCUUAUCCCCGCUUCCUGAGCGACUAUCGCGAGGAGCGCGACGGGGCGGGCGAGAGUGUCUACCUGCACCUCUACGACUUGAAUGACACCUUUGCACACAUGAACUCAGUGUCUCUGGACUUGUUCGGCAUCGGCGGGGUCGUGCAUGUGGGUGUCGAGGUGCUGGGCAACGAGUGGUCCUUCGGCAUGCAGGGCGUCUCCAUCACUACGCCGAAGCAGAAUCAGUAUUACACCUUUCGGCAGACGGUCACCAUGGGCCGCUCGGGACUUCGGCGGAAAGAGGUCGAAGGCGUGAUCCUGGCGCUGAAGCGGCGCUGGUCAGGUGUUGACUACGACCUUUUGGAACGGAACUGUGGGCACUUCUGCAACGAGCUGUGCCAAGCGCUUGGUGUGGGACGCAUGCCGAACUGGGUCACCCGGGUGGCCGAGGCGAUGGCAUCAAUGCCCGGCUCCCACACACUGAAGAACUCCAUCUCACGAGCCAUCAUGGAAGAUGGUACGCCACGUCGGAUGGAUGAGGACGAGGCUCAAGAAGUUCGCUCCUUGUGCCAGUUCCGGCAAGGUGAACUUCGAAGCCAUGCCUUUCCGUCGUACCGGUGCCAGAUCAUCCUUGGCAGUCUUUUGGGCGAUGUUGGCUGCCAUUGGCCUAUGCUUCCAGCACCGCGGGCUUUCACUCCUCCAAGCGUGUCGGCUCGAAGGACAAGUUCGACUGCGCGAGCCGCAAAUGAAGGCGAGGAGACCGGCGUUCAGGGCCACCUUAGUGUAAAUCCUGUUCAUGAUGGAGUCAUGGCGUACACCGAGCGCUAUUGGGAGGAAAGUGCCGGUCCUUUCAACUUUGGUGUAUGCACCGGUGCGGAGGUUGCUGGAUGUGGAACUCCUGAUGCAUACUCUGGGCCAUAUCUUGAAGUAGAGAUCGGGAACACUCGAUGGGGCAUAGGUGCCUAUGGCGCAGUGGCCCACGAUGACGACUCAUGA